CACUGACUAGGGUCAGAAACCCUAGCCCCCAUUUUCUCUAUUAUAUAGUCUUUCGUGACUUUCAAAGAACCAAGCAAAGGCAGUCCCUCGCGGCGGGUGAGAGCGAGCAGGGAAAAAAAUGGUGUCGGGGUCUGGGAUCUGCGCUAAAGUAGUCGUGGUAGAUGCAAGGAACCACAUGCUGGGACGAUUGGCGUCCAUCGUGGCAAAGGAGUUGCUGAAUGGGCAGAAGGUGGUGGUUGUCAGGUGCGAGGAAAUUUGCAUGUCCGGUGGACUUGUAAGGCAGAAGAUGAAGUACUUGAGGUUCCUUCGCAAACGUAUGAAUACCAAGCCCUCUCAUGGCCCCAUCCACUUCCGCGCCCCUUCCAAGAUCUUCUGGCGCACCAUCCGCGGAAUGAUUCCACACAAGACUAAGCGUGGAGAGGCUGCACUUGCCCGGCUGAAGGCCUAUGAGGGUGUCCCUCCACCAUAUGACAAGAUUAAGAAGAUGGUCAUUCCUGAUGCUCUGAAGGUAUUGAGGCUUCAGAAGGGUCACAAAUACUGUUUGUUGGGCCGGCUGUCGUCUGAGGUCGGAUGGAACCACUAUGAGACCAUCAGGGAGUUGGAGAACAAGAGAAAGGAGAGGGCGAAGGUUGCAUAUGACAGGAAGAAGCAGCUGAACAAACUUAGGGUGAAGGCUGAGAAGGCUGCAGAGGAGAAGCUUGGUUCCCAGCUGGAGAUACUUGCCCCUGUCAAGUAUUGAAGUCUUUAGCUUUUCUAGCUAGUCUCUUACAAUUUUGUUGUGGAUUUGGCCAUAAUGAAUUCUUUCAAGUUAAUUUCUUUUGGAAGCUUUGAAUCUGAGUAUCUGCUGAGACAUAAGAGCUUUUGUUUUACAUUUGGGUGUAGUGUGAUUUUGUUUAAUUGCUUUUGUUGUUUAAUGAUGUGCUCACUUCGUAGUCA